CUCAAUCCAUAACACAUAAUUUUAACGUCAUUUCCCGACGGUAACGUAAACCAACCUUAAACAUUUUAUUCAUACCGUCAGUCAUUCAAAAGCUAAAAAAAAAGAAGAAAACCUAGAAGUGUCCCCUUAAAAACAAGACAUAGUUAGCUCCCCAUUCACCACACAAAUUUGUUAUAGUUGUCGAUUCUAAAAUCGAUAAAUUCUACCAGCAAAAGAAGAAAUGAACGUCGCGUCGUACGAACCAGAAACACGGUUCUGCACCUUCAUUCAAUAAUUAAGUCCUAGUCGUUAGUCUUAGUGUAUUGCUCGAAAUAAAAACCUCGUUAUGGAGAAUUGAUAUAAGUUUGCUCUUGAAAAAGUCGGUCCCAAUUGAAAAACAAAAUCACUCAAAAGAGUUUUGAAAGUCAACGACCCACUAAACAAUCCUCAAUUUGUGUGCUACAAAAUUGCAACCAAAUUUAUGCCGCAAUGUUUGUUCCUUCUAUAACCCUUCAAAAUAUGUGCACUUAGAAGUUAGUUUACCGAUUAUAUUGAAGGCUGCCGUAUAUAUUCCCUUUUUUGUGUGUGUAAAUUUUUCCUAGUCAUUUCAUUAGUUUGAUUUUUAUGUUUUCAAAUUCAAGAGAAAUUGAUUGCUAUUUGGAAUAAAAAAAAGACCUAAAGGCAGCCAGCUUACAAUUCGUGGCAGCUUAAAAUUUAUUUCAACUUCACGUCCGGUAGGAUAACGUGGCAAUAGAUUUUAUAACAAUCAACCCUCGGCAUAGAAUCUAUACAAACACAUACUCUCGUUUCAACUACAACCAAAUUUGCGCUUCAUUUGAAAUGGAUUUCAUUUUCGAUUGCUUUUUCGAGGACACAUUUGAAAAAAUCACACGAAGUGGACUACAGGAUCGUAGUUCGAGACGUGAUGUCCUCGACCACUUGAAUGCAGUGAUUGGUGGCUGUAGUGAUGGACAAAAUAUGCACACGGAGGAAGUUGCUCGAUUGGCGGUUUUAUCUGCUGUCAAAUAUCAUCGCGAAAAAAUGGAUGCAAAUGGAGACGUUUGUUUGAUGGGAAAAUACCACAAUAUUCUGUAUAUUGCUUUAAGGACUUGCUGGGAAUGGGGUGUACGAGAUUCGGCUGUUGUUGUGGUACUUUUGGAGGAAAUUUAUACUUGUGAAAAAACAUUUGAGCGCAUUUUCCUUGGUGCAUUAUUCGGAACACACGCACCACAUUUUAUUGCUGGAUGGCGAAGUGAUUUUCGUGAUCAGGACGAGAACACAAGAGCCAUGGUUUAUUUUCUUCAUCAUGCAACGAGUCUUGGACUACAGCUGCCAGUUCUUCUAGCUCAUGUACAGGAUGAAAGGAUGGUGAGGUUUAUUGAUAUCCCAAUCGAAUCAUGUGGCAAGGCCUCACCAUUACGUGUAGCAAUCCAAGCUGGUGCUCCUGAUCUCUUGCUUAUUCUUUUAAGGUACGGAGCAGAACCAAAUCCACCAGACGGUGGCUCCUCAGCUGUACAUGCACUCAUGGACAAACUGAUAGAACGUGACCGCCACUACAUCUACCAGGACGUAUCCUGUUUGAACAUCCUCCUACGGAAUUUAACCCUCAUUGAGAUGCCUUGUGAGGAGGGCAUGUUCUUCUUGCAAAAGGAGAGAUUCCUUGUGAAAUACGGAGCAUUGCUUUUGGACAAAAUUAUUCCAAAGGAGCAGGUUUUCGGAAUUAUGCCACUGAAACAUUUAUGUCGAGUUCGCAUCCGUGAUCUACUACGAGCAACUAAUCAGUUACCCGAUGGCAUUGAUACUCUUCGUCUACCAAGAAAAAUGCAACGUUAUAUUGAUUUAAUGGAGGAAUAGUAAGAAGGAAGGAUGUGGAGUUGUAUAACAGUUUAAUUAAGUUUAAAUUAGUAAACAAAUUUGUGAAAAUAUUAUAAAAUUGGAUAAAUUCGAUAUUACAAUAAAUGUAUUUGUAUGCUAAUUAAAAGAAAGACGA